UACAUACGUGUACAUACGUGUAUUCAGAUAUAUACCAAAUAGGGACGCAAGUACAUACAUUCGAUCGUCGGUCGUUUACUAAGUACACGGGACUUCUUCUACGAGUUUCAUAAAAUAUACUUUGUCCCUUACCAGUUGAAAUCUAUUCGGUACUCAGCCGAUAUUUUCUGGUUUUCAACUGUCUGAAAAGUCGAGAAUAACUCGACCACGCAGCAUCUGAACAUGUACGCGAAAGGUAAAGGUUCAACUGUACCCUCGGACGGUCAGGCUCGUGAAAAACUGGCUCUUUACGUCUACGAAUACCUCCUUCAUGUUGGAGCACAAAAAGCUGCACAGACAUUCCUUUCGGAGAUUCGAUGGGAAAAGAACAUCACCCUUGGAGAACCUCCCGGGUUCUUACACUCCUGGUGGUGUGUUUUCUGGGACCUGUAUUGCGCCGCACCAGAGAGACGCGACACGUGUGAACACAGCAGCGAGGCCAAAGCUUUUCACGAUUACGGAUUCGUUAACAGCGGUUACGGCGUGAACGGCAUUGCACACAAUGCUGGCGCAGCGCCGUCUCCGCUCGGUCAGAUGCCGCCCAACGACGGCAUGCCUGGUGGCCCGAUGCCCCCAGGAUUUUUCCCAAACAACUCGACAAUGCGACCAUCUCCGCCCACACACCCCUCAUCACAGCCAUCUCCUCAGCACCCCCAGCCACCCCCGCCCCCACACUCGCAGAUGAUGUCCACCCAGUUCAUGGGACCAAGAUAUCCUGCCGGACCUCGGCCUAGUGUUCGCAUGCCACAAAUGGCAAACGAUUUCAAUGGGCCUCCCGGACAACCAAUGAUGCCGAAUAACAUGGAUCCGUCAAGACAAGGCGAAGCUGGAGAGUUUGUAGGGUGGCAAGGACCUCCAGGCAUGAAUCCGAUGAAUCCGCGAAUGAACCCACCUCGCGGUCCUGGAAUGGGGCCCAUGGGACCCGGAAGCUACGGACCCAGCAUGCGAGGCCCACCGCCAAACAGCAGUUUGGGCCCAGGAGGUCCUGGCGGUCCCGGAAUGCCACCAAUGAGCAUGGCUGGGCCAGGUGGAAGGCCGCAGUGGCAGCCGAACACGUCAACGCCGAUGAACUACUCGUCGUCGUCACCUGGAAAUUACGGGGGUCCACCUGGAUCAUCGGGUCCCCCGGGACCCGGUACACCGAUAAUGCCGAGUCCGCAAGACAGCAGUAACAGCGGUGGUGAAAAUAUGUACACCAUGAUGAAACCCGUACCAGGAGGAAACAUGCCUGGUGAUUUCUCUAUGGGCGGGGGUCCCGAAGGCGGGCCGAUGGGCCCGAUAGGUCCCAAUACAAUGGGACCGGUAUUGAACGGUGACGGAAUGGACGGCAUGAAGAACAGCCCGGCAAACGGCGGCCCAGGAACACCGCGAGAGGACAGCGGAAGUGGGAUGGGCGAUUACAAUCUCGGCGGUUUCGGCGGCCCAGGCGAGAACUAUUCAGGUGAUCAACGGAACACGGUCGAUAUAUUUUCACCCCCUUCCCACCACUUUCAUCCACGUGAUGCAAUGUUGUAAGAAAAAAAAAAAAACGUGUUUCCCUUUCAAACAUUAGGUUAUACGGGUGUAGGUAUGCUUUUGUAUUUUCUCUCUAUUUCACCCGUGAUACAAGUUCUAGAUAUAAAUAUAUAUGUAAAUAUAAUUUGCACAAUACGCAGCACAACUUAUGGAUACGCGUAAACAUGCACCCUGAUGCAGCCUAUUUUUAAUUACAACUCGCGUGAUACAACAACAACAACAACAACAACAACAACAACAACAACAACAAACAAAAACAAUGAUAACGAUCGUAACAAUAACAACGAUAAUAAUAAUAAUAUACAACAACAAUAAUAACAAUAAUAAUAAUAGUAGUAGUAAUAGUGGUAGUGGUAAUAGUACUAAUAAUGAUAACGAUAAUGAUGAUGAUGACGAUGAUGAUGACGAUGACGACGACGAUGAUAAUAAUAAUAAUAUUAAUAAUAACAAUUAAAAUAAUAAUAAUAAUAAUAAUAAUAAUAAUAAUGAAUACGGGUGGUUUUUUGGCGUUUAAAAUUGCUCAAUUCGACGUAAUAUUUUGUACAUAAUUUAUAAGCGGCGACUACGACGACGGUUUUUAUAUUUUAAUCACUACUUAUACGCAUACAUAAAUGUGUGUGUGUGUGUGCGUGUGUGUAUAUACAUAUAUAUAUAUAAAUAUAUAUAUAUAUUUAUGUAUAUAUAUACACACAUAUGAUGUACCAGAAGAAUUGCGGCGAUAAUCGAUGAUCGCAAGAUUUUUUCACCAACGAUGGAAAAUCCGUCAAUAAUAUUAUUACUAUUACACUGCUACUACUAUUAUUAUUAUUGUUAUUAUUCUUGUUAUUAUUAUUAUAAUAUUAUGGUUAUUAUUGUUAUUAUUGUUAUUUUAAUAACGUAUAUCUGUACCACGUUUCUAUUCGUAAAUGGUAAAAUUAAUCUUUCGUGACUUUCCGACUUGUGGAGGAAGAAAAACAAAGAAAAGAAAGACACAAUUCCAUUUUGACUUUUUUUUUCGCGGAAAAAAGAAAAAAAAAAAAAAAAAUUCUCCCUCACAUGUUCGUUUCGAUUUCAUAUUUGUGUCAUUACCGUCUGAAUUCAUGUGAAACGAUUCAUAUUGUAAAUUUUGUUUUUGUUCUCCUUUUUACUCAGAGUAGGUUAUACGUGGAAUAGAAAAGGUGGAAAAGAAAAUUAAUAUGAUACCGUAUGUACAAUGUAUACUGCAGGUAUGUGUCGUGACUCUUGCCUAAUUUCGAAUUUUUAUGAAAUACUAUUUGAAUUAUAUAUACUCAAAAGGCAGGCAUAUAAGUAUAUGUAUAUAUAUAUAUACAAAAAUGAAUAUAUCCUUAAAAACCUGUAACGGCCAAGAUCGAUUUUUUGCUUGGACAAAAAGUAAAGACAAAAUUA